AUGCGCCGCAGUGGCCUCCUCCUCCUCGUGGGUCUCCUCGUCUUCUGGGCUGAGCUGGCACCUGGCACUGGCCAGACCUCUCCUCCAGCAGCUCCCAGCCACCAGUGCCUGUUACCACCUGACACAGGACCAUGCAAAGCAAACACCCCACAUUACUACUACAACACUAUUCAACAGAGAUGCCUGGUGUUCGUCUACAGGGGCUGCAAAGGCAACAGCAACAACUUCAAGACAAAGGAGGUAUGCGAGGAAGCCUGUAUAGAGGUUUGCAAGCUCCCCAAGGACUCUGGUCCAUGUGAGGCCCUCUUUGAACGCUACUACUACGACUCAGCCAGCAGGACGUGCAAGAAAUUUGUGUAUGGGGGCUGCAGAGGGAACGGCAAUCGGUUUGCCACCUGGACAGGGUGCAUGACGGUCUGUGGAAAUCAAUGCAAAGGCUAA